ACUUGGGUGAGAGACAGAGCGAGAGAGUGACAAACGCUGACACAAGUCAUAGGUUUGUGACUUGUGAGAUGUUGGUUAGUGUUUUUUGACAGUGUGAAACGAAGCAUCAAACAUGGCAAUGGCAAGACGCAUGAUUACGAGGAUGAGGAAUACGGUUGGUGCUGUUCUUCUACCACACGCUCCAUCAACAACUCAUUCACACUCCUUCCAUUUUUAUAACCAUUCUCUCUCUCCAUCAAAAUCCCAUUUUUUCUCAUACUCCUCUACCUUCCUUCGCUCCUUCUCUCACCAUUUACCAGGUGAGAAAAGUGAUGAAGGUGCAACCACGGAUGGAUGGGAAGAGGAAGAUGAGACUGAACCUAAGAUUGGUGAUGGGGGCGAUGGUGGUGGAGUUGCCUUGCAAAAUGUUCCUUGGGGUCAGCGAGCUCUCUCUAUUGCUGAGGAGGUGCUUACACAGUUCAGUGAGGACAUCAAACUAUUUGCUUUUAAGACAACUCCUCGUGGAUAUGUUUAUGUGAGAUUGGACAAAUUAACUGGCGAAUAUGGGUGUCCAAGCGUGGAAGAGCUUGAAUGCUAUAAUAAAGAGUACAAGAAAAGAUUAGAUGAAGUUGGAGCACUCGGGGAGAUACCUGAUGAUUUGGCUCUAGAGGUUUCAUCCCCAGGUGCUGAGAGGCUACUAAAAGUGCCAGAUGAUAUUAGUCGAUUCAAAGAAAUGCCUAUGAGAGUCUACUACACAGAAAAUAUGGAGUCCAAUUGCCCAGAAAGGGAUGGAGUUUUCUUGUUAGAUUCUAUAGAAAAAGAUUCAGAGAUUUGUGUGUGGAAGAUGGCAAACGUUAAAGAGAAUAGAGACCCCCUUAGAAAAGGCAGACCCUUAAGUCGUAAACAGAAGGAUUGGAGAUUAAAACUGCCAUUUAACUUGCAUAGAAUGGUAACCCUUUACCUUGAAUAUUUGUAAAAUUUAAUGUUAUUCUUUGAUUCAGGAACAUGGAAUCUCUUUCUCCCCCUCUUCCCUCCCCUCUUUUGCCUUCUUAUAUUUUCCUAGUUACGAUAACUAGAUGUGAGAUGUGGAAGUAGUUUGAGAAAAGGUAGUUUUAGUUGUGGGCUCAGUCCCGGUUUUUUUUUUCUUUCUGGUUUUCAAAAUUUUAGAUGCAAUAUGAAUAUAAUUAGCUGUUCUUUGGACA